AUGGUGCGUUUCGACGAGCUUCUAUGGGAUGUUGUUCAAGAAAUUUCCAAAAAGCUCACAUUCUUGCAAGAUUACAUCUAUCUCCGGGCGACAUGUCGUCAUUUCUACACCUCCAUUCCCCCAACCCCUAGGCACCUACCUCUGCAGCUACCAUGGCUUUUCUACCCUUCUCGCCAACAAAAUCGCAGAUUCUUCAACUUCUCUACCCACAAGUUUCACCACCUCAGCUUCCCCAAUCCCUCCUAUCACCAGAGGGAAUAUGGCUCUUCAAAAGGUUGGCUCAUCAUUCUCGACAAAAAAAGCCUGGAAAUUGUUCUAAUCAAUCCUCUCAAGGGACUCGAACAAGAAAAGGUCCACUUGCCUGCACUGACCUCUUUUCCUAAUGUGAUAGGCUUCAAUUUGUCAAGAACUGGGCGUGAGUUUGAGGUUGCGGUGAGUAACGAAAGAGGUCGAAGUAACUUCUUAGGUUUAAAAACAAUGAGAGAUAGAUUUAUAAAGAAGAUCAUAAUAUCAUCAACUCCAUUGAAGGACGCUGGUUUUGUCGCUGUUGCGCUGCUUCGAUAUCAUGGUGAGAUCAUGGUCUGCAAUUUGAAGAGUGACCCACCAACAGUUUCAAUUAUCAAAAUGCGAGGAAUACCAAGUGAGGUUAUUCUGUGUGCUGAAAUGUACUUGGUGGGUUCAGAGGAUGAGUUGUUCUUGGUUCUGCGGCAUUUAGACAAUCGUUAUUAUUAUGAUUGCACCCUAUCAGGCAGAACAAGAAGGUUUGAUGCUUUCAGGAUUGAUCGGAGCGAGCAGUUGGCACGGUGGAUUGCCGUCACGGAUGUGGGAGAGCGGGCUCUCUUUGUGGGACAAAAUGAAUCAGUGUGCUUCAUGGCAUCAGAAUAUAGGGGAUGUAUGGGAAACUGUAUAUAUUUUACCAGUAAUGUUGAUACAAUGCCAUUUAAUGACCAUUUAGGAGAAUAUGAUACAGGGAUCUACAAGUUAUCAGAUGGAACGAUUGAGUCAUUACCUCCUUGUCCGCGCAAUCUGCGGCCUCCACCGAUCUGGGUUACACCGAAUCCAUACUAA